UUGAUGACUCGGUUGACAGCAUGGCAGACUUUAGAAGUAACAGAAACGGAAUGUCGAGAACAGAGGAGAUGUUAGACAAUGAAAAUCAGCAGAGAGUGGAUAAUCUGGCCAGCAAAGUGUCACGGUUAAAGAAUUUGGCCUUGGAUAUUGAAGAUGAAGCAACAGAUUCAAACAGAUACUUGGAUAGUAUGGGUGGUGACUUUGAGAGUACACAGGGACUUUUAGGAGGAACUGUACACAGACUGUCUCACAUGGUUCAGGCCAAUCGAGGAAACAGAAAACUCAUGUGCUAUCUUGUAGUGGGCCUGGUGUUGCUCUUCUUUGUGACAUAUUAUUUCAUUUCAAAGGUGACAAAGUGAGAUAUUUCAGUGGAUUCAGAUCAUCCAUUUUGCCAGUGUUCUUGGUUUUAAAAACUAUUUUUCAUUCAGAGAAACAAUUUUUUUCCCUGUAGAAUAACAUGAUUUCAGCAAUUGUUCGUUGUUGAAUGAAAAUGUAUGUUGUACCUAUUUUUUUAAAAAAGAUAAUAGUUAUUAGCUCACCUGAGCCAAAGGCUCAUGUGAGCUUUUAUGAUCAAAAUUUGUCCGUUUUCUGUCAUUGUUGUCGUUAAUAUUGUAACCUUGUUAUAAUUUCAUCUUCUUUUCCAGAACCACUGAACCAAUUUCAGCUAAACUUGGCACAGGGUAUCCUUGGGUGAAGGGGAUUCAAGUUUGUUCAAAUAAACAGGAAGUAAAAAUUAGGUUGGGUCAUUUAAAACUCUUCUUUUCAAGAACUACUGGGCCAGAAAAGAUUAAACUUCUGUGGAAAUUUAAUAAAACAGUUUAGAUUCAUUUUUUUUUAAUCAUGACACCCCCCCCCCCCCCCCCCCCCCCCCCCGGAUUGGGGCCACGAUGGGCAAUCAAAGUUUUACAUUAUACUUCAGAAAAAUCUUUCUUCUCAAGAACAGGAAAGUUCUGAUUAGUCAUAUUUAUAUGGAAGCAUUGUGGUAGUGUAGAUUCAAGUUUGUUCAAAUAAUGACCCCCAGGGGCAGAGUGGGCUACAAUGGGCAUUCAAACUUUACAUAGGAAUACACAGGAAAAAUCUUUAAAUAUCCUCUUUCCAGGAAUGGCAGUCAUGAUUAGUCAUAUUUAUAUAGAAGCAUCCUCAGGUAGUGUAGAUUUAAGUGUUCAAAUUAUAAUCCUUGGGGCAGGGAGGGACCAUAAUGGGCAAUCAAAGUUUUACAUAGGAGUACAUAGGAAAAAUCUCUUUUUCUCAAGAACAGGAAAGCCAUGAUUAGUUAAAUUUAUAUGGAACCAUCCUCAGGUUGUGUAGAUUCAAGUUUUUUUAAAUCAAGAUCCCCAGGGGGUAUGGUGGAGCUAAAAUUGGCAAUCAAAGUUUUACAUAGGAAUACUUAGGAAAAAGAAUCUGAAGAAGAAUUGAUAUUGGUACUCAGGUGAGCAUUAUGGCCCAUGGGACUCUUGUGUUGAUAACGUAUACAUUUGUGCAUUGUGUGAGAGAGAGAGAGAGAGAGAGAGCACAUAUUUAAGUAAUUCUUGAUUGAACUUAAUGCUGAUGUUAAAUUGAAUACUUUUGUGAGUUAUCCAUAUUUAAAACAAUCAUUUUAUAUAGGAUACAAGAUUACAAGUUUAUUAUUAAAUGUUUAUUGUAACAUUGCAGUCAUAUAUGUUAUCAAUAUGGCAUGUUAUUUUUCAUAAUAUAUUGCUUGAAUUUGUUUUUAUAUAAUAUUUUAUUAUAUAAAUCAAUAAAAACUGAUAGGAGGUAAAUGUUAAUGCAUAAAAAUUACCAGGGUAUUUGUAAUGGUCAAAGAAGGGAACUUUUAUUUUAUAAAACUGGAUUUUAUACAGAUUCUUUCCUUUUCUAUUCAUAAGACUUGUAAAGACUAGAUACUAUAUGUGUACUUAUUUUAGUGGCACAUUUCGGAGUAAUCGUUUAGGAGCUAAUUCCCACUCAAAUAUGAUUUUGUAUAAUUUAAUACACAAAAAAUACUGGUAGCACUUAUUCAUAAUUGAGCCAGGUAGUUCCUGACCUACAUUUGUGCCAAGUUUUGAUUAAAAGGUACACACACUAUAUAGAAUAUUGUACAUUUAUAGGUGAUCAUUUCUUCAUACAUUUAAUUAAUUGGCAAGGUGUAUUUUCCAAUUUCUUCACUUGUAUGUUUGAAUGAAGGAACUUCUCUUUGUCUCUUUACAAGUAUAAAUUUGUGUGCAAAGCAUUUGAGAUGAGAUUUGCUUAAUGAGGAAAGUAAAUUUGAAGUUUUUCAAGCAGUUAAUAUAUUUUGAAGGAGAAUUUCUUGUUAGCUAUUUAUUUAUUAUAUAUGCAUCUUCAUUUCCUAUAUUUAGAUUAUAUUGAAGAAAAUUGUUGUUGAUGUUUAUAUGUAAAAAAAAAAUAAUAAUAAUAAUAAAAUAA